AUGGAUACUGGUACAAAUAAGCGACAAAACAAUAAUAGUAAUAGUGAAAAUAAACCUAGUAUUAAAAAUCGAGAUCUUGCUGCUCAAUAUGGUAUCGGUAAAUCAACAUGUAGUGAAAUUUUAGCAAAGUUAAAUCAUUGGUUAUCGAUCAAUUUAGGUUCAAAAGAAGCGACAAAUAAGAAAAGCAAAAAACCUGUUUUUGUUGACAUUGAAUCAGCAGUGGCACUUUGGGUAGAACAUGUUAUAGGCAAUAAGCAAACAUUAACAGGCUAUCUUAUCCAAAAUAAGGCGAAAGAAUUUGCAACAUUACUGAAUGAAGAUAAAUUUAAUACUUCAAAUGGUUGGUUACAUAACUUUAAAAAAAGACACAACAUUAGAGAGUAUAAAAGGCAAAAUGAAGCUGAUAGUGCACCUUUCGAAGAAUUACCUGAAUUUAGAAAUGAGGUAUCAAGUGAAACAAUUAGAAAUUGUUGGUGUAAAAUGGGAAUUCCUCCAGUUGAAUUGAAUAAUGAUCAUUUUCCUCCGCAAGAAUUUUCACAUGAUGAAUAUCUAGAUGAUGAGAGAGAAGUUCAUUAUCUUAUUGAACAACUUCCAAUUAAUUCUAAUGAUCUUUUACCUGCUUCAGAAUAUAUAAAAAUUGACAAUAACUUAUCUUCAACUAAGAUCCCUUUAAACCAAGAAAUUUUAGCUGCUCUUCGAGUAAUCAAGUCCCCCACUGUAGAUCACUUAGUAGAUACCUCCACCGCAAUUGCAGUUACUGAGAACUCUUAUGGUGUUUAUGAAACAUUACCUUAUGAACUUAAGCCUAUAAAGACCGAGAUUUUACCAGUUCUUUCCCUUAACAAUAGAUUCAACCAA